GAGAUAAUGAAGCGGCAUGUGAUAUCAAGGCAGUUAAGAAUGGGGAACUAUUGUACCAAUUAUCAUUGAAAAUGAUGUAUUUUUUACUGGAAUAGUCAGUGCAGCCAUGAAAAAUAAGGUCACAUACAGCUAUAAACUAAGGCUGGAGAAAGAAUCUGGAGAUGUGCUAAACUCACACUGUGAAUGCCCUGCAGGGAAAGGCCCAAAUGGUACAUGCAAGCACCUAGCUGCUUGCAUGAUUAUGCUUGAAAAUUUUAUUGAGAAUGGUGAAGUGGCGGUGCAGAAAUCAUGUACAGAAAAUUUGAUGAUGUUCAACAAGCCAAAGGCAUCCCAUAAAGGAUCUCCAGUCAAAGUUGAAAAAAUUACAAUUGGGAAGAGAAAAUCAGCCGUUCAUUUGGAUGACCCACGACCAGAAAAGUUUAGGAAUGUAGAGGGCAUGCAAGACCGGGUCAGAAACCUAUUAAUCAACUAUACAUCAAAUACUUCUGAAGACAUUGCAUUUCGUUAUCUUUAUGAGAGAGCAGAUUUGAAGUCUGCAAUUCAUGACCACCACUACUUAUCACUGCCUUUCACAGAAUACUGGGUGGAUAAAGCAUUACAGGUAACUGAAUCAGAGGUGGCAAGUAUUGAAAAAGAAACAAGGGGACAAUCUACAAAUAAGAGAUGGUUUGCAGAGAGAAUGUGGAGAAUCACAGCAUCAAAUUUUGGGCAGAUUUCAAGAAUGACAGACAGACGUAACAAACAGAAGCUUUGUAAAUCAUUGAUAUCUAUCAAGAGCCUCACCACCCCUGCAGUCACUCAUGGAAAAUCAUAUGAAAAAAAAGCAAUCAAAAAGUUUGAAGAUAACCACAACAUAAGAGUUCAUGAGAAUGGUUUAUUCAUUUGUUCAAAAAUGCCAUUUCUAGGUGCAACACCAGAUGGCGUUAUAGAUGAUAAAUAUAUAAUAGAGGUGAAAUGUCCUUAUAAAGGGCGGAGACAAGAAAUCAACACAAACACAAUGGAAUAUUUCACUUAUUUAGAGGUAGUGGGUGGGGAAAUCAAGCUGAAAAUAUCUUCCAAUUACUAUGAUCAAAUUCAGGGACAACUGUAUAUAAGUGGCAGACAAUUUUGUUAUUUUAUUGUGUAUACACUAAAGUCACUAUUUGUAGAAAUUAUUGAAAUCAACAGAGAAUACUGUGAAAUGUGCCUUAUACCAAAACUGGAGUCGUUUUAUACAAAACAUUACAGACCUUUCAUUGCCUCAAAUUUAUAAAUGAUUGCAAAUUAGGCCAAUUAAAGUUAAUUGAUAGAUUAUCAUCCCCGCCCGCCCCUCAAAAAAGGGCCCAUCCCGAUUUUUUUAAUGCAAAAAUUAUGAUUUCAAACAAACUUGCUUCCCAGUGACAUGAGUGAAUGAUUAAAGUCACAGAAUGUUGUUUUAUAUAUAUAUAUUCUACCAAGGAAUCUUUGAAUUCCUUACUUGAUUAACACUUUGUGUGAUGUCUGUUUUCAUUAAUUUUUUUUUCUCAGGAAAUAAAAAUUAAAAAAUUAUAUUCUCCCACCCGCCCCAUUUUUUUUUUGUUGACCCCAGAUGAUAAUCUACUAAUUAGGUUGAAUUGGCCUUACUUUGAAACCACCUCCUUCUGUACUACUUAAAUGUAUGCUACAAAUGAAACAAUAUAUUUCCAUAAAAUUGACUACAUGUUGUGAAGUAUUGCAGGGAACACUUCAGAUUGCCUAAUAAAAUUGCCCCCAAUAUGUAAUCUGAAAUUUUGGACUUUUCAUUAUGUCAAUAUGGUGUGAUAUAUUCUAAAUUUAAAAAUAUUAACCAAGGCAAUAGCUUGGAUCAGUAUUUUCAAACUGAGUAAAUAUCAGAAUAGAGAGAAAUUUUAUGAUGGUGAAUAUCUUACAAUGCUAACAAGCAUAUCUUAUAUGAAUUAUAUUUAGAUAAGUAAAUGCUAGUGUCACUACCUUCAUAUAUAUAUUAUUAAUAUAUGUAUGAAUUCAAUAAAACCAAUUGUCGAGGACUGAUCAACAUAAAAUGUGAUUAAUUCACAAGAAAUGAUAUGAAUUGAGAAAAUCUGUUUAAAACUGCACAUCAUCAUUUAGCCUCUUUUGCUUUAAUAUCAUCACAACUUAUGCAAAUUUAUCUACAAUUGACCUUCUAAAAUUGCUUAGCACAAAGCAGAUAUAAAUGAUUCGGGAUCCAAGCUGAAUUUUGCUGUGACUAAGUUCAUUCUUUAGAAUUUUAAAACGUUUUGCCAGACCAAUGACCCUUUCUACAUGUAUGCGUUUUGAAGCUACACGUCGAUCAUGUACUACUUCAUGGGCUUCAAGUUGGGAUUUACCUUUCAAAAAUGUUGGAGUAUUUACUUGAACAUCCUUGUUAGCAAAGAGAUCUUGCACCAUGAUGCCUCGAUCAGCCAUGAUGCUGUCGCCUUUCUCAAACAUACCAUCUUUCAAUAAAUCAGAUCUUUCAAUAAUCAUUCUAUCACUUGCAGACCCACCAUAAGCAUCGGAAACAUAUGACACAGCCCCUCUGGGAGUCACUCCAAUCAUUGCCUUUAUAGUAUUUCUAUGCUUAUAAUUUGACCAAGUAAUGGACUGAGCAUUGACAUCUGACGGCUUCUCAACUGGUAUUUCGGUGGCAUCCAGUAUAACCCUAGUGUUUGCAAACUUCUCUGCAAAAUUUGAAGGCAUAAAAUCUUGAACUGUGUCUUGUGAUGGCCAUAUGUUCAUUUCCUUUAACUGGAAAUACAAAAAAAUUAUCCAGGUUGUUACAAUCCUAGAUACAGUUGACACUGAAACUUGAAAGAAAAGUGACAAUUCAAAAUCCUCUUUAGCCUGUCUCAAUUUCAUCAAAGUUAAAAAAAGUUGAUCCCUUGGUUCUAAAGUUACACAUUUGUAAUCUAAUUCAUUUACACAUGGACCAAGACAGUGAUAAGAUAUCAUAAACUGAUCGUAAUUACUGAAACCAGUGUAAUACGAAACAGCAUCUGCAUUAUCUUUAAAAUUUUCAAUGGAACAUUUCAUAGCAAAGGGAUUUUGCACAAAUUUUUUUCCUAGAUCCUGGAUUUCUGUUGGUGUUUGAUCAGCCUGCCCAGUCUUUACUGUAUGAUCUAUAACCACUUCUUGCUGUACACCUGUAAUAUACAUGUACAAGUAAAAAUAGGUGGAGAUUUCAUGUGUCUUACCAAUACAGUAACUCGCUUAAAUCUUUAACUGAAAGUACAGAAUGUUUUUCAGUUCUUUUGAUGUGGUGUAUGUUCUUUUUUCCCUUUUGGACUUAACCUAACAUAACUUAAAUGCCCUAUCAGCAAAUUUCUGACAUUGCAUAUAUUUGUGGACUUUUACAUUGUGACAUAAUAGUUAAAUGGCCUAUCAAAGCAUUGUUUUACAUGCAGUGGAUAUGGCUAAAUGCAGACUUAAAGAUUCCUUUAUGUCUGUGCAUGUGACACAACAAGCACUAAAGUAUCAUCAUUAUACCCAUGGCCAUAAUGUCAGGUUCCUCCAAUGGUUGGUUUCUCCUCUUAAAUCUUAACUGUCUUGGGCUUGGGCCAGAAACUUCCUCCCCAGGGAUCAGAAUGGAAGGAACAGCAUCUUCUUUAAGGCGAAGGCGGUCAGCUGAAAACAAAAUUUCAUUAUCCUUAUAGCAAGAUGAUGGUUUGCUCUUUUAAUUUUUGAAAGACUUUUUCAUUUUUUGUUAUGAGCUUGUUACCAAAAAAAUAAAUACAUGAAUUAAAAGGCAUAUUUUAAAUCACUUAAUUCAUGUUUUUGAUUGGAUAAAGUUUAAAAACAUUUAUUUUUUUUGGUCUGCAAAGGCAAAAUGGGGUAGGGUUUAUUUAAAUAUAUUUCAACUUUUGAAUAUGCUAAUUGUAAAACCUGGCAUACAAAUGAUAUUAUGAAUGAAAACAUUAAGGUACAGUGUCCCCUUCCAUCUAUGUCAUACAUUUUGUGACUAAAAAGUGAAUUGUUAAUGCUUUAAUCUUUAAAAAGUCAAAAGAUAACUGAUUAUUGUUGGUAAUUAAAUUAUUCCAACACUAAUAUUGCUGAAUAUUUAUUGUUAGGACUAUUCUUUGCUUUACAUACACUUUAUGUAUGGUUAUUUGGUUAUCUUAGCAAGAUUAUUAUAAUAUCACUUGCCUGUCAUUACCAUUCCCUUCGUCAUUCUGAAAUAUAAAAGAAAACAGAAAGCAACACGAACACAUGCAAAUCAAAUAAAUGCAAUGUAAUUCAAAGUUCUUGCACUUGUAUGUACAUACAAGCAAUAUGAAAUCAUUAAUGCAAUACAGGCUAGGAAUUGCAUCAUCUGAACUGACUUUAUUGUUAAGAGGACUGACUUGUUCUAAGAAAUAGAGGAAGGAAGCUCUAGUAUAUAGCCAGAAUUUAUAAGUGAUGAGCCCUUUUAUCAAAAUUUCCAACACGCAACAAGAAGCAAUUACUUGGCCUGUAUUUAUGACAUCAAAUUGAAACUCAAAUUGAAUAUGAAUAAAAACGGAAGACAAAUAUCAUCAUUAAGUUUAUAAAAUGUGUUUUACAUUGAUAAUGAUCGAUAUUAUGGCUUCUAACCUGACGUGUCCCUGUAAUCACUUUCGCAGAAGUGAAGGUGGCAAACAACAUCUGCAUUCUUAGGCUCCCACAACUUUUUUGAUUUCGGAUCAAUUCUUUUGAUUGCAACAAUCCACUGAAAACGUUUAUAUUUGUCUUUUGGGAACUGAUGUCCACCAUAAUUACUACAGAGCGGCACAGAACAACGCUGUGGCAUGUCGACGAUCACUUGCUUCGCGCUUUGUUUACCGUGGAUUCAAGCGUCUCAAACGCACAGUUAACCACCGAUACCUCAUCGUCAUAAAAUGAAAAACCAAACCGGACGGGUGUUUUCCAUUCACUAUUUUUACCUCUUCCCCUGUAUGUUUUGUUCAUUUAUUUGUGUAUUCGUUUAUGUGUUCAUUUAUUUAACCUUGUGACUAAAGUACUAGCAUCUCUUCCUAGUUUUUUAUCAAACGUGUAGGAUGACUAACAUGCGUAAAGACUUUGAUUCCAGUUCAUUUUAAAGGUUAAAGUUCAAACUCUUGCUGAAAACUUGAAAUUCCAACGGUUAUUCUGUACAGGACGUAAGUUUUUUUUUUUUUUUUUUUUUUUUUUUUUUUUCUCCAUAUAUAGUGUGUAAGACUUGCAUUUAUGUUCUGUUACUGGAUUAAGGAGGAUGUGUUUUGUGUGCUCUCUUUAGAAUGAUGUUCGUUUAUGUGUAUAAUCAUUUGAUUUAUUCUUUUCAUUAUAGAGCAUGUAAAGGAGCAUAAGUUAGUAAACAUCCUUCGUUCAUUAAAGUUUCUGAUGUCAAUUAAUGGAUGAAGCCAAAUACUUGGUUAGCUAGGUACUGAGUCCUGUAUUAAAAUGGCAGUGGUAUGCAGUGAGAUUGUCACACUAUAUGCAGUAUACCAUUACACGCAGUGCAUUUUAACCUGUAUUUCUACAUUUGUGUUAUAUUUAUGAUAUCUUUUUAAAUUUAAUUUGUUCAUAAAGUUUAAUCUUUAUUUAUUUGC